AUGGCUGAUACCCUCAAGGAAAAGUGUUUCGCUGAGACGUUUGUUGCCCCGCAGUGGCUGCCUGGAGGGAAUUUGUUCUGGUACUGUCGACAGGUAGAUACGGGCAAAUUCAAGUUUAUCCUUGUUGAUAUUCUUGCUAAAUUUGCCAGACCUGCCUUUGAUCAUCACCAACUAGCUUGUGCCCUUGAGGGAAUUGCAGAAACUAAGAUUAACCCAGAGAAACUACCAUUCUCAUGGGUCGAACUACAAGACUCUCUCGUCCGCUUCCGCUUCAAGAAGCAGAUUUGGCAAUAUGAACCUGGACAAGGCUUGAAAGAGUGGCCAGGGGAGUUUACUCAGGGAAACACAAUACUGAUGCGGAGCCAAGAGCCCUCCGGCUCUACCUGGUCCGCACCGCACGCCACAGCUAGCUUUGUCAACACUACGAGGGCCAGGAUGAGUCUGUUCACCGUGGACCGGAAUGGGAAGUCGGAAUACUUCAUGCCCAUUCCAAGUGGCAAGACGGUGUUCCAAAAAACAAAAGUCAAAGCUGUCUGGAGAAUUGAGGAUGAACACACAGGCCAGCUAAGAGGCAUCUAUUGUGUGCCAAGCCCGGGAAAUAACGUUGUGUAUGUGGGCGAGGUUGAUGUAGACGAGUAUUUGGGCCAGGAGCGCGAACUUCCCCGUGGCUGGGAGCUGCGGAGGAAUGAGAAUGGGCGUUUUUUCUAUAUUGAUCAUAACACUAGGACUACCCAUUGGGACUGUCCUACAGUCACUGGCGCUGCGGAUGCUCAGUCAGAGAUGGCGACGAGGUGGGAGAGGAUGGCGAGGCUGAAGAACAGCAAGUCACUCUCGUUCAAGAAGAACUGAGUGGCGACGGCCGAACCAGAAUAUAUGUUCGGGGCAGCAAUAUGUGGCUAAAGGACGAAGAAGGUACCGAGUCCCUGCUUGCCGAGUCAUCCGAUCCCAAGGACUCUCGCUAUGACAAAUCCAUGCUUUACAUUUCCCCGAACAAUGAUUUCGCCGUUGCCUGGCAGUACACAUCUGGUAGUACCACUGAUGAAUACUGGGUUGAGUAUGAUCCGGACCGUCGACCUCACCCAAGGCUGAUCAAAGAAUCUAAACGGUUUCCAAAGGAUAGACUUCGAGUUGAUCGCCCUCGUCUUUUCAAUCUUGCUUCAAAAUGUGAAGUUCCGACAGAGAAUGCUCUGUUCUCAAAUCAUUAUCAACUACAUCAUCUGGGCUGGAGUCGGGAUGGAUCAGAGUACCGAUUCUUAUUUGAUGGGCGCGGCCACCAGGUCUUAAAAGUUCUUGGCAUACAUAGAUCUGGGUCAAUCCGAGUGUUGUAUGAAGAAAAGAGCAGAACGUUCAUUGAUAUCACAUCAAAGCUAUACUAUACUCAGUUAUCUGGUUCUGAUAAUAUGAUAUGGGCUAGUGAGAGAGAUGGCCAUAAUCAUUUAUAUCUGAUCGACUUACAACAAGGCAAGAUACAUAGCCAGAUCACAAAGGGCGAUUGGAACGUGGCUAUGGUGGAACGCGUUGAUGAGGAGACUCAGACAAUUUGGCUUUCGGCAUAUGGGUUCCAUCCAGAUGAAGACCCGUACCACUUACACCUAGUCCGUGUUAACUUUGAUGGUACUGGAUGUCGGGCCCUAACAGAUGGAGAUGGAACCCAUGUUUGGAGCUGGCCAUUUGAUACAUGUAGCCACCGGUUCUUUGUUGACUCUUGGUCACGGGUCGACCUCCCACCGCAGACUGUGGUACGAUGUUCAGAGACGGGCAUUAUUCAAUUGAAUGUUGAGGGUAUCUCUGCUGAAGAGCUUAAGCAGCAAGGUUGGGUCCCGCCUGAAAGGUUCCAUUGCCCUGGCCGAGAUGGGAAAACCUUGAUUUACGGCAUUAUUACCAAGCCCCUCAACUUCGACGAAACUCGUGAUUAUCCUGUAAUCGAAUCGAUAUAUGCAGGCCCGUUCGAUUUCUUUACACCAAAAAGCUUUGGACAAGUUGCCCAUAAUUAUAACUGGGCAACCGAAGGCUAUGUCUCAGUUCAGCUUGAUGGUAUGGGUACCAAUUGGCGCUCCAAGCAGUUUCAUGAUGUUUGCUACAAGAAUCUGAAUGACGGAGGUUUCCCUGAUCGUAUCAUCUGGAUAAAAGAGGCCGCAAAGACCCGACCUUGGAUGAACCUGGAUCGAAUGGCUAUUAUUGGCUCAUCUGCUGGGGGGCACAAUGCUGCAUCCGCGUUGCUUCAUUUUGGCCACUUCUAUAAGGUUGCUGUUUCUGACUCAGGUGCACAUGAUAAUAGUCUUGUCGCUCUUUGGUGGGCUGAACAGUGGUUGGGCUAUCCAGUUGAUGACGCAUUAUUUGCCGAACAGUCAAACGUGAGUCAUGCUGGGAAGCUUCCAGCUGAUGCAAAGCUAAUGCUUGUGGUUGGAGGAAUGGAUAAGGCCCUUCAUCCUGCAUCAACCAUGA